AUGAAAAAACCAAAAACAGAUGAAAAUGUUUCUACUAAAUUUUAUAUAAACAUAAAGCAUUUAAACAACGUUUUUACUUCAGAUAAUACAAUUCAAUGGUGUUCUUGUUUUCAUUUUUCUUAUUUAUGUCUACUACAGAAAACAUCUAUUACUUUUCUUCGUCUUUUUCCUCAGAAGCAGGGGAAAGUGGAAGAAAACCAGCGCACAAUACCCAUUUGUGUUGAAUCUUUAAAAAAUAAAUCCCAGGACAAAGUUUCUAUACAAAUCAAUCGUGGAUGUAUUUUACAUGUAAAUCCAUCGCAGCAAGGUUUAGAAAAUCCAAUUCCUCAAGUAUUUCUUUCUGUAACAUGUGAUGAUGAGUCUGAAAAUCAGCAGAAAAUUGUUUGUUUUCAUGUUAUAUCAUCUACUGGUUUACAUCAUAACGAAAUAGAAGAAGACGUUGACUCCAUUUUUGUAGCGUCUUCCAAUAUCUAUCAGUUUGUUCCUCGAAAAAGCUUUUCAAUACAACCGGGUCACUUGCUAUUACGAAUAGUAUCAUUAAACAGCACUGACACAUUAAAGAAAAAUGAUUUACAUUCUUUACUUGUUCUUACCGAGUUGAACAAUUCAGAGACUUGCCAAAAAUUUUUUCAUCUGCAAGUCGUAUCUACAAUAACAAUGGACUCUCUCAUUUCUGUGCAGAAUAUUUGUGUUCCAAAACCCUUUUGUGAAAAAUCGACUCUUUUUCAAAUAAAGUGUAUUACGAUAAUAAAUUCGUGUUCAUACCUCUUUUUAAUUUAUCCGACAUCUUAUAUUGAAAGCAGUGCACAAAUCGGUGUGGCAGUGUAUCAUUCAUCUGAAAUGAAGCUUCUUUUUCUAGGAUGGUUUACAUUUUCCUCUCAAUAUGAAAAUUCUGGUCUUGUUUCAAUAGACAGCUGUAGCACUCUACACGAUCAACUCACUUGUUUUUCAACAGUGAAGCUUUCUUCCAUUUGGUCUAAAAAUGUUCACAUGACGCAUGUUCUCAAUUGGAAUCAACAGAGCAAUUUGAUUAGUAUUUAUCCUUUCAAACAAUCAGAUAGUCUUGCCACCAAAAGUUCAGAUAAACUUGUUUUUUGUAUUCCUAUCUCUUCGUUUCUAGUUCUUCACUGUUUCUGGAAUAAACUUCAGAGCAUCUUAAAAAUUGGUUUUCUUCAUUCAACGCAACAAACAUACUUCUUUCCUAGCUCACAGAAAAUUAUUCCAAAUCAAUUGUUUUCUAUACAAUUAAACCAUUGUCCUAAAAAUGUUUUGCUAGAAGAUUCAAAAGAAAAUACAACCAAUCUGAUUCUUAUCUUAAAACAUCAGGUGUUCCUUUACCCUCUUCCUUCCCUGCACUCUCUCUCAACAUACAAAUUCAUUGAAUUAAUGAAUCAAAAUCAUCAAAUUGUACCUGAGCUUCCUUCAGAUAACAUUCUCAAAUCUCUUAACUUUGAAAAUAUUGACAUUCUAAAAGAUGUAUACAAUUACCUUACUGGCAUCCAUUCUCUGUCAACCGAAAGUCUUAAAAAUUUACAACCACAUUUAGAAAAAAUCAUUAGUCAGUUAAUUGAUUCCGCUCUGAUUCACUUUAACUUAAAUGCUGUAAACAAAAUUCUUGAUUUAAAAAUACCGAGACUCUGUCGAAAGCUAUUUGAAUCCUCAAUACUUUCUGAAAAAUUAAUUGUUCAAAUUUUACAACAAGACCCUCAUACUUAUUUGCCAUAUGUUGUCAAGUAUUUAUGUGUAUCGCAUAGUAUUUUUGUUCAAGAGCUUCAACAAGAACUUACAGUUCCUCAACUUGAAAUUAUUUUGCACUAUUUGACUGCAUGGUGUUACAUUGGUACAGAACUCCCCGAAGCACUUACUGCACAUGAAGAAUUUCCUCCGCUCCAAAAAGUGUUCAACUUUUUAUGUAUACUUGUUGAUGCGAAAUUCAAUGAACUUGCAACUAUUUUCAAUACCACUAUGAUGAACCAUCUACAAACAAUCGCUUCAAGUGUUUCGGCUUGUCUUAUUGCUAAGAAAAAUGUCCAAAAAUUUUUAGGGCAACUUCACAGUCUUCAUACAGCUAAAAAAAGCUUAUCACAUUUGUCCAAAAAUGAAGAAACCUAUCAACUUAUUGAACAAAUACAGAUUAAUAUUUAAAAAUUGAAAUGAUUUUUUUUUAUAACACAUAAUAGCACUAAACAAUAACGAUAUAGCAUGAAACUGUGUGCCUAAUAAAGGCAGCAAUAGUAAAUUUGACAUCCAAGUGUAGCAACGGUGAUUGAAUAGUGUCAAACCAUGUCUGCUGUAUAUGAUCGAUUUAAUAUUCAUGCUCAGUUGGAACAUUUGCAAAGCAAAUAUCAAGGAACUGGUAAUGCUGACAUGACAAAAUGGCAAUGGGGUGUUAAUAUACAUCGAGAUACACUUGCAUCCAAUGUUGGACAUUUUUCCCGUUUAGCGUAUAUUGCAACGGCUGAAAAUUCAAGUAUAGCCAAAUUGCGCUUUGAGGCGUUACAGGCCAUCAUAUCUCCGUGUGGUCCCCCGCCACAAAAACCCUCUGAUCUUGAUCUGUAGUUACCAUUCCUUACUCACAUAAAAAGUCAUUUUAUACCAUUAAUGGAAACAUUCACUUUUUUUAUCUUGUUUUUCUUUUUUAACACAAAAUAGGAAAAUAACACGUUUCUUAUUACUUAAUAGAAUGCCAUAAAUAAACAUUGUGAACAGUUGCGUUAUCGAAAAAAACGUCAAUUUGUUGAUAAAAACGUACACUAGUGAUCUGGUGAUAAAAGCAUCAUUAACGCUUUAAGAAUACAAAAACAAACGGAAUUUUCCUUCCACCAUGGGUUAUUCGGCCUCUCUGAGUGUUCGUUAAAUAAAACGAUUUCGUUGAAUCUCAUUAAUAAAGUGUCUUCUAGCGGCAUACAGGUUAUUUGAGGGUCAUGACUACAAAUACAUCUUUUAAUUCAACGUAUAUUGGAGUC